UGACCCGGAACUCGUUCUUGCCCGGGCAAGUGGCCGGAAGUUCACAGGUAGCCAAGAUGGCGGCGCGCAUGACGAGGCUGAGGUCGUGGACUCAACUCCGCAGGUGUGGCCUUGCCAGCAGCAGGCGGUACAGCAGCACUGGGUAUCCCGGGAUCCCGCUCUCCACGCCGUUGCCCAAUGUCCCCAAACCGAACUACGCCACGGCUGGCGACCACGACAAGCAUGAAACGCGCAUCACGGUGCUGGAAAACGGAUUGCGGGUGGCCUCGCAGGACAAGUUCGGCCAGUUCUGUACAGUUGGCGUUUUAGUGAAUGCUGGGUCAAGACAUGAGGUGAAAUUUCCCAGUGGGAUUUCCCACUUUCUGGAAAAGCUGGCAUUUUCUUCUACAGCACAAUUUGGCUCUAAGGAUGAAAUUCUCCUCACCCUGGAAAAACAUGGGGGGAUAUGCGACUGUCAGUCUUCCAGGGACACAACGAUGUUUGCUGUUUCUGCAGAGGUGAAGGGUCUGGAGACAGUGGUCAAUCUGCUUGCUGAUGUGGUGCUGCAGCCGAGGCUUACAGAUGAGGAACUUGACAUGACCCGACUGGCCGUCCGCUUUGAGCUGGAGGACUUGCAAAUGAGACCAGAUCCCGAGCCACUCCUCACUGAAAUGAUUCAUGCGGCAGCCUACCGGGAUAAUACAGUGGGGCUGCCCAGGUUCUGUCCCACGGACAACAUCGAGAAGAUCGAUCAAAAGCUGAUCCACUCGUUUUUGCGAAAUUACUACACCUUUGACCGACUGGUGUUGGCUGGGGUUGGGGUGGACCAUGAUCAGUUGGUGGAGUGUGCAAAGAAGUACCUUCAGGGAGUAACCCCAGUGUGGGGGUUAGAAAAGCCCACUGAUGUGGACCAGUCUGUGUCCCAGUACACUGGGGGAAUCAUAAAGGUGGAGAAGGACAUGACGGAUGUCAGCCUGGGCCCCACUCCAAUCCCAGAGCUUACUCACAUAAUGAUUGGCCUAGAAAGCUGUUCCUUCCUGGAGGAGGAUUUCAUUCCUUUUGCUGUGCUGAACAUGAUGAUGGGUGGCGGGGGCUCGUUCUCAGCUGGGGGACCUGGGAAGGGCAUGUUCACCAGACUCUACCUCAAUGUAUUAAACAGACACCACUGGAUGUAUAAUGCCACUGCCUAUCACCACAGCUAUGAGGAUACUGGUCUUUUGUGUAUCCAUGCCAGUGCAGAUCCCAGACAGGUCAGAGAGAUGGUGGAAAUCAUCACUCGAGAAUUUAUCCUGAUGGCUGGCUCAGUGGGAGAAGUGGAGCUAGAACGAGCCAAGACCCAGUUGCAGUCUAUGCUGAUGAUGAAUCUUGAGUCUCGACCAGUUAUCUUUGAGGAUGUAGGAAGACAGGUGUUGGCAACAGGAAUGCGGAAACUCCCCCUCGAGCUUUGCAGACUAAUUGGGGAAGUGACAGCGAGUGACAUCAGGAGGGUCACAACCAAGAUGUUACGCAGUAGACCUGCUGUGGCAGCGCUGGGGGACUUCAGUGACUUGCCGACGUACGAGCACAUCCAGCAGGCACUGGCCAGCAAAGAUGGCCGAUUACCCCGCAUUUACCGGCUGUUCCGGUGAGCAGCUCUGAUUACCUGACUGAACAGAAAAGCCAUUGUACUCCAGGUUCCUGGUCGUUGUUUAUCCACGAGCUGCUUCUGUUGAGUGCGGGGUAAUCGUUUGUAAGUAGAGGGGAAGAGAGGUUUGAUAUGUGAUCUGAUUGGUUUUAUAUAAAGGGGGGGAGCUGAAAAUCUUUUAAAGUAAGAACUGUGAUUACUUUGUUAUGUGAUGCUGCUAUUGUUCAUCUGCUCCUGGACUGUGAUAAUUCUCACUGCACAGUGAAUGUCACAUCCCAUAAUGUCUUAAUCGUUCUAACACAAGGAACCUUUGCUCGAUCCCGAUAUCUUUCCUAGGCUUCUGCCUCCAACUGGGAGGUUGUACAGGAAAAUCUGAAAAACUACAUAACAUUUUCCAGUGCCUCCUAUCACGUGCACUUAUUUCUCCCACCUUAUCCAUUGUCCCCAUUUGCUACAUGCUGGUGUAUACCCUUUCAUCUAGAUCUCCUCCCACCUUUGCUUAAUCUCAUCCUACCAAUCAGUAACAGAGUCAGUGCAGUGGGAUAUGGGGCUUUGUGCAGGUGAGACUUGCCCAUGUUGCUAGUUAGAGUGCUUGAUUCUUGUUCCUCACACUGAGCUGCAGUGCAACUAAGAGUUGAUGAUAGGUGCUGUAACAGAACCACUGUUGAUGUGGUUAAGAUCAAUGCUCAUGGAAAAAGCAGCAGAGCUAAGUAUUAUUAAAUACCUUCAAAGAAAGUUGGUGAGAAUAGGUCAAUGUACACAGACUACAGGUUUAACUGUUAUUGAAAUCAAAUGGAUCAUGGGAGGAUUGAGUGGUUUGCUGGUGCUCUUGAACCAGCUGGAAAGAGGAUUCCUGUUCCUUCCUUAAGUAGUGGGGGGACAGGAUGCAGUAAAUGGCCUCAAUUUAUGUCUACCCUAUCCCAGCUGUUAUGUUAAUUAGAAUACACUGAGUAUAGUUAACCCCUAAAGUUGCUAUACAUGGUUGUACACGUUUAUGCACCCAUCAGUUUUCAAUAAGCCACCCAGACCACUAUGGGGAAGAAUUUGGCUGUACACUCCAAGGUUUGAAUGAUAUCUCUUCAAACCACUGGUUAAUAUGACCACGAUGUGAGCGAGCAGUUUUUUUCCCUGUGCGGACUUACACGCAGUAGUCACCGUCAGAAGCUCGCAGAGUGAUACUCGGAGCACUCGUGAUAUUGUUUAAUAAUUGUCAAAUAAAAUAAGACUAACAGUU